ACAGCACAACCUUAAAGGUACAGCUCACUGUACUGGCACACACAACCACAGAGACUUUAAGGGACAACUCACACCACAUGCAGUCUUAAAGGGACAAAUCACAAUAUGAACACACACAACCUUGCACGCCCUCAGUCUUAAAGGGACAGGCACACACAACUCACAGGGACACUCAGUCUUAAAGGGACAGGUGUGCACACACACACACAGCCUUUAAAUGGACAACUUACACCACAAGCGCAGUCUUAAACUAACAGAUCACAGUAUGCACACACUCAACCAUGCACACUCUCAAAGUCAUAAAGGGAUAGACACAAAACGCAGUCUUAAAGGGACACAGUCUUUAAGGGACAGGUAUUGAUAUUUUUGUGCUGUAUAAAUUAACUUUUUGGGAAUUCUUUUGGGGGUGUUGUGCAGAUUGUCAAACGUUUAUGCAUCUAUUGGUUAAGCUCUAUACCAUUCUAACACAGUGUCAUGUAAAGGCUCAAUAAUUUACAAGCCACAUAGAUCAAUAUAAUAUGUACAUUCUGCAAAGUAUUUAUGCUCAAAGUUCUCUGCUGAGCCCCCUUUCUCAGGUGUUCAGUUAAGGGACCGAACUUUGCAGUACACUGUACAGCCUGUACGUUACAAUGUUUAUAUGUGUGUGGCGUGCUGCAGCCCAGCCCUACAGCUGCUGUAAUCACGUCCUCACUCAGCUGACGCUCAAACUUGGGCGGAGCUUGAUGGUUUCAAACACCCUUCCCACUAUCGCAGCUUGUAAACAAAAAGGGAGAGCUGCAUAACUGCAUUACUGUACUGCUAUACUAUACACAGCUCUUGUAGAGUUCGGUAUUUUAUUUAUGUUUGUUUUAUUAUUUUUAUCUCAAAAGCCGCCACUGAUGAGCCGUUGCAGUCUGCAUCCCUGCUCUGCUUUCAAUCAGCCCUUUAAUAUGACCCCUGAAUCUGGGGCUUUGCAGCAAAAUAAAACCACAACAAAGCUUCAGGAAAUUUAUUUGCACAUAGGCUACCUGUCAGAAAUGGAGUAAAUUGGAUGUAUAGAUGGCGGAUUGCAAGAUCUGACCGUACAAACUGGAAUUCAGCACAGCCUGCAGCCUUGGAGAGAUAUCUGUGCCUGCCAUAAAAACUGGAACAGUCAUCCGCUUCCAUGAAGUGUAUAGGGCUUUCACAGAACCAACGUCUAGUACUACUACUGGAGAAUGGCCUCCAGAGAGAAGCCAGUCUGUGGAAGGUGCCCAUGUUUCAGGGCUCCACGCUCAAGGGCACAGAUAUCUCUCCAAUGCAUUAUGAACAGGCUGUGCUAUGGAUCGAAGAAUUAAGGUUACAAUUCCAGUUCUAUCCAGAAACCUUUAGCUUGGCUGUAAAUAUUCUUAACCGAAUUUUAGCAUCAGUAAAGGCGCAGAAGAAAUAUCUUCGCUGCAUUGCAGUCACAUGUUUGUUUCUUGCUGCCAAAACCAAUGAAGAAGAUGAGAUAAUACCGUCAGUUAAGAAGCUAGCAGUGCAGAGUGGGUGCAUGUGUUCGUCUGCUGAGAUCUUGAGAAUGGAAAGAAUUAUUCUGGAUAAACUUCAGUGGGAUCUGUACACUGCCACACCAGUGGACUUCCUAAAUAUAUUCCAUGCCAUGGUUAUGUCCACUUGGCGCCAUAUCUUCAACGGCCCCUUUCAGAUGAAACCCUCUUGCCACGUUGCGUUUUUAACUAAACAGCUGCAGCACUGCAUGGCGUGCCACCAGUUAUUGCAAUUUAAAGGUUCCACAUUGGCCUUGGUGAUCAUCACUUUGGAGUUGGAGAGAGUCAACGCUGAUUGGUUUCCAGUUAUUACCGAUCUGCUGAAGAAAGCAAAACUUCUGUCUGUUAUGCAGGUUGAUAGUGCAGAAUUCAUCCACUGCAAGGAAUUAGUUGAUCAACAGUUACUGAUGCAGACGCCAUCCAACCCAGUCUACAUUUUUCAUUCUGCUAGUAAAGACAUUGAAGCACACCACAGAGAGAGGUUUUCUAGUUUUGUUCCUGAAGGGAACAAUUUACAUCUAGUGAGACUGAAUGCGUCUGUUCCAGCUUUUCUCUCUGCUGACAAAGCUCCUGAAGAUCUAAUGGAAACAGAUGAGUUUUUUGAUGGCUUCCAACAUCUGUAUAAUGAAGACCACAUUCCAGAAGGUGGAAAGAUAAAUGAAAUCCAGACAUGCAAUAGGCCAAGGCAGGAGGAAGGCAGCUCUCCAUGUCCUGUAUUGCAGUCCCCGCAGCCACGCUAGAAGAUUACAGUUCUAGGAUGAUUGCAAAAAGCUGUGGUAACUCGGCAGAGUGGGAUUUGAAGUAGUUCCAGAAAUACGAUGCUUGCUUGUUUUAUAUAUAUCAGAAUGUUGUCAACCAAUCACCUUCCCAAUCUAAAUCCCCUUUUAGUUUAUAUGGAUUGUAUUUUGUAGUACAAUUGCAACAUAAUGGUUAAAUGUUACAAACAAUAUUCUUUGUUUUAUUUCUAAAGCUAGCACACAUUUUAGGCUGGAAUUACUCAGGGAUUACAUUUUGGUUUUAUACAGGAAAUAACCUUAAUGCUUUGUGACAUAUGCUCUGAGGAUGCAUUUAUUGUGCAGAUGCUUACUUUAACUGUCAGGGCAUACUUAAAACGCAGAAAACCAUAAUCUGUGUAGAAUGCAAGCUAAAAAUGUUUUUAACACUCCAGCUAAAACAAGUUACUUUUUCACUUGAAGUCAGAAUUAGUGAUAAGUGGAUAAUAUCUACACAACAAUUUAUGCUAACCGAGAAGUUUAAUAUUUACUGUACACAGGAGGACCCUGUUUAUGAUGCUGUAUAUUUUAUACUUUUGCUGUAUUAAUGUUACGUUGAUGUAUGUAUUUUUUUUACUUUUUUAUUGUUUUUUUAUAUUGAUGGUAUUUGCAAAAUAAUGGGCCUGCACAUAAUUUUGAUGUGCAGCUAGCUCUUUAACAUUUUAAUUUCAAUAUAUUACUUUUAUUGCAAUAUGAAUACUGUUAUACUAGAGGUACCAUUUUUUUAAGUUUUUUUUUUUUUUUUGUCUGAAUGAAAAUUUGAAUGCAGUUUUGUUUUUUGUUUUUCUUGCAAAAUAAAUAGAAAAUGCUUGCACGAAACAUUUUAGUAAAAUAUAAAAAAAGCUCUUGUACAAUAUUAGUUUGUACCCUUUGCAUAAAUGGAUGCACAGGUUUUGGUGAGAGCUGUACUUCCUGUUAGACACUGAACCCAAUUUUUUUUCUUUCGUGAUUCAGAUAGAGCAUGCAAUUUUAAAGUGAAUGUAAUUUUUUUUAUGUAAUGAAAGUAUAAUUAGCUAGGUAAUCAUUAUAUUAACCAAACCGCCACUUUUAUUUUUCUCAUAAAAUGUCUAAUAAAUAUUUAUAAUACAUUUCUAAAUAACGCUCGUUGUUUAUACCUGCUCCUCCCACUCUCAACUUCCUUAUUCUUUUCUAUUGUAUGUAUACAGCGGUCCCACCCGCUGUUUACGUAGUGUCAAUGCGCGCUCCCGUCUGAUAAACACUGCGCAUGCGUCAAACCUCGAUGCAGCUGUCUGUCAACAUUCUUUAAAACUAGGAAUAGAUAGAUAGAUUAUUCCUUUAAUAUUUAUUGACAUGUUAUUGUAGAAUACGGAGCCACUUUAGCAUUGUACUGACCUAUCGCUGAAAUAUUGCAAGAAUGAAUGUCCGUGAAGUUUGCUAUUGCGCAUGCGCAAAAUCUGAACGAGCUUCAGAUAACAAUGUAGGAAGUGCUGUAUAACGCAAGCGCAAUACGGACCCGUGACGACAGCAAAAGGGGUUUGGUCCCUCCGUGGUUAAUCAAAUUAUUGGUUAUAACGAUCGUGCCUACAGCGAUAAUGCAAUGCCGGGCGAAGGAUUAUGAUGACUUAUGCAAGUAAAUAAACAAAAAAAAAAACGUUAAUUUUAAUCUUUCAUGAAUUAAAGUCAUAUUAUUUUAAUGUAUUUGUUAAGGGGAAUUUUAGAGAGAGCGCUGAGUUUACAUUCACUUUAAGCAACUUUCUAAUUUCCUCCAAUUAUCAAAUUUUAUUCAUUUUCUUGGUAUCUAUUUGAAAUGCAAGAAUAUAACUUUAGAUGCCGGCCCAUUUCUGGUGAACAACCUGGGUUGUUCUUGCUGAUUGGUGGAAAAACUCAUCCACCAAUAAAGUGCUGUCCAGAGUACUGAACCAAAAAAAGCUUAGAUGCCUUUUUUUUUUCCCAAAUAAAGUUAGCAAGAGAAGGAAGAAAAAAUAAUAGGAGUAAAUUAGAAAGUUGCUUAAAAUUGCAUGCUCUAUUAAAAUCACGAAAGAAAAAAUUUGGGUUCAGUGUCCCUUUAAGACCAUUGGUGCAACUUUAACACUAUUGAUCAGCUGACUACCUUUAUAAAGAGAUGUGGGCCACUUACAACUUUUUUCAGCCUUUCUGUUGAUGUAAGAGCUUUUUUGGCCGUUAUACAGGAGGUGUUACAUAUAUCUACAGAAAGCUAAUUAGGAUCUACAUUGACCAUUUCAAACAGAUUGUUAAAUGACAGAUCUUCAUUUGUUUUGGUCACUAUUUGAAUGUGCAUUUAUAACCUAUGGGUCAGUUUAGGUAAAGAUUACUUUCAAAUGCAACUGAUACAAUAACUUUUUUUUUUAUUUACAUUCAGAAGAGGAUACUUUUUUGAAUUGCAAAUGAUGUUUUUAAAUUUAUUUUUAUAGGUUUGUGGUGAUGCUUGCUUGUGCACCAAUAGAGUUGUCAUUAACAAACAUGCAUGCCCUGUCGGGUUUAAUAUAAAUGCAAACUGUUUAACCUUAAUAGGUUUUAUAAUUGUCUUAUUUUUAUAUAAAAUCCCAAAAAAAAAUUUUUUCCAGCUGGGAUUACCUAUCCCUCUAAUAAUAAAGAUUCAAAUGCCCUUUCUUGGUUUGUCAGUUUGCUGUACAUUCACCCCUAGAGGCAAAUGUAUUCCAGGAUGUCUGAUUACUUCUAAAGGGUCUCAUUGGUAUAAAUAAAGUCACAACAAUCAGUCCAUGAUACCUAAUCUAGAGAUCCGUGGCAUAAAAUGUGAGAAGGGUAGGGGCAGUGGGAGAAAGUCAGGACUGGUCAUAGGCAUUUAGGUUGUUGUACAGCAAAUAUUUGUAUAGGUACAAAUCCAAACUGGUGUUUUUGUUCAUUUUAAAAGUAGUAUAUAUGCCUCUUCUAAAAAGUGCUCUACAUAUGGUUAUAUAAAGGGUUGAGAACAAGUGGCAACUCUAAAUGGUAGAAUUCUUUGCCAGUUAUAAGGCAGUGAAAGGAACAUAAAACCCCAGAGCAAGCAGUUUUAAACAACUUUCCAAUUUAGUUAUAUUGCCAAAUUUGUAUUAGUGUUCUUAUCCUUUGUCGAAAAGCAGAGAGGUAAGUAUGGGAGCGUGCACGUGUCUGCAGCACUAUAUGGCAGCAGUUUUGCAAGAAUGUUAUACAUUAGCAAGAGCACUAGAUGACAACAGUUUUUUUUUUUUUUCCUGCUAUGUAGUGCUUCAGACGUGCAAACUACCUAUCAAGAUAACUCUUCAACAAAGAAUAAGAUGAGAACAAAGCAAAUGUAAUGGUGAAUUUGAAAAAAAAAAGCUUGAUUGAAUUAAAAGAAAAUAAGGAAACAUUGAGAACUAACAUUUUGGAUCAAAUGCUAAUUUUUUCUUUUCUUAAGUGUGUACCUAACUCAGACAAGUUAAAUAUACCUACAUGCUAUAAACUGUGAACGUGUGUUUGAGGUUAAUUCUGAUUAUGCGUGUGUGUGAAUUUGCCAAGAGAAUGUGUUAAAACCAAUUUUGGUUUGGAGCAAUAAAACUAUGUGGACAUUUGUGUUUGCAUGGUUGAUAAAACCUGCCAAUCUUCCAACUUUGUAUUAUUCACACUUUGUAAAUAUUUAUUUAUUUUGUAACAUUUGUGAGGUGACAAACAAAAGCACUUUUUAUCAUUUACUAAAGCUGUGAGCUUGUCUGCCUGUAAGGCAGGUACUGGAUUAAUACAUUCAUUUAAAUCUAAGUGCUGUAAAAUGUUUUGUUUACUUAAUAAAACUUUUAAACUAUU